UCUCGCGAGAUCUGGAUGUAAACAAAGCUAAACGGGCCCAGGCUGGGCUCUGUUCUCUCAACCUACUCUGGCCAGUGAGCGGGUGCAAGCGACAGUCCUAUCGUCGAUGUCCCGCCCACUGCUCCAUACCGGGGAGUGGGAUUGGGUGACGGGACGGAGGAGCCUGCCUCUCCCGCCUGGUGAUUGGCUGCUGGCGUCAGCGUGUGCCAGGUGUCAGUUCCCGAGAGGGUCCCAAACACUGUCAGUGAGGAGCCAGGGCGAAGGAGCAACGCAGCAGAUUGCUAAUUGGAUGAUAGAAGCUGUUGAGGGGCGUGAUUAGGACCUGUCAUAAUUACUGGUGUCUGGUCAAUGCCUUUUGCCCUGUAUCUGCAGAGCAACGAUGGCAACAGAAUCUCCUCGCCGCCCUAGUCGAUGUACAGGGGGAGUUGUGGUUCGCCCACAGGCUGUCACGGAACAGUCAUAUAUGGAAAGUGUUGUUACAUUUCUUCAAGAUGUUGUGCCACAGGCCUACAGUGGUACUCCACCAACAGAAGAAAAAGAAAAAAUAGUAUGGGUCAGAUUUGAAAAUGCAGACUUAAAUGAUACAUCGAGGAAUAUGGAGUUUCAUGAGAUACAUAGCACUGGCAAUGAACCACCUUUGCUGCUAAUGAUUGGGUACAGUGAUGGUAUACAGAUCUGGAGCAUACCCAUCAGUGGUGAAGCCCAGGAACUCUUUUCUGUUCGACACGGCCCAGUUCGAGCUGCACGAAUCUUGCCUGCUCCACAAAUCAGCCCUCAGAAAUGUGAUAAUUUUUCUGAGAAGAGACCUCUUCUUGGUGUGUGUAAAAGCAUUGGAUCUUCUGGCACAAGCCCACCUUAUUGCUGUGUGGACCUUUACUCUUUGCGAACAGGAGAGAUGGUCAAAUCCAUACAGUUCAAAACUCCUAUUUAUGAUCUGCAUUGCAACAAAAGGAUACUUGUUGUAGUCUUGCAAGAGAAAAUUGCUGCCUUCGACAGCUGUACAUUCACAAAAAAAUUCUUCGUUACAAGCUGCUAUCCUUGUCCGGGGCCAAACAUGAAUCCCAUUGCUCUUGGGAGUCGUUGGCUUGCUUAUGCAGAAAAUAAGCUGAUCCGGUGCCAUCAGUCCCGUGGUGGAGCCUGUGGAGACAACAUUCAGUCUUACACUGCCACAGUCAUUAGUGCUGCCAAAACGAUAAAGACUGGACUUACAAUGGUUGGGAAAGUGGUUACACAGCUGACAGGGACAUUGCCUUCAGGAGCAACUGAAGAAGAGAUUUUAGUUCAUAGCAAUACUCGUCGAAGUCCUCUGGUGCCUGGGAUCAUCACUGUUAUUGAUACCGAGACAGUUGGAGAAGGGCAGGUGAUUGUUAGCGAGGAUUCUGACAGCAACGGUAUUGUGGCCCACUUCCCUGCCCAUGAAAAGCCUAUAUGCUGCAUGGCUUUUAACCCCAGUGGGAUGCUACUGGUCACUACUGACACGCUAGGCCAUGAUUUCCAUGUUUUUCAAGUGCUGACACAUCCUUGGUCGUCAUCACAAAGUGCUGUACAUCAUUUGUAUACACUUCACAGGGGAGAGACCGAAGCCAAAGUACAAGAUAUCUCUUUCAGCCAUGACUGUCGUUGGGUGGUGGUCAGCACUCUUCGUGGCACUUCCCACGUCUUUCCCAUCAAUCCUUAUGGUGGUCAGCCCUGUGUCCGCACUCACAUGUCGCCCCGGGUGGUAAACCGAAUGAGCCGUUUCCAGAAGAGUGCAGGGCUGGAGGAGAUUGAGCAGGAGCUGACGUCUAAACAAGGAGGCCGCUGUAGCCCUGUCCCAGGCCUGUCGAGUAGCCCAUCUGGUUCACCUCUUCAUGGUAAACUAAAUAACCAGGAUACUUACAAUAAUUUCACUAAUAAUAAUCCUGGGAACCCACGACUCUUGCCUCUUCCAAGUUUGACUGUGGUGGUACCUCUUGCACAAAUCAAACAGCCAAUGACCUUAGGGACCAUCACCAAACGCACAGGACCUUACCUGUUUGGAGCAGGAUGUUUUUCCAUAAAAGCUCCUUGCAAAACCAAACCAGCUCCACAGAUUUCACCUAGUAAAUCUGUGGGAGGAGAGUUUUGUGUUGCUGCAGUCUUCGGCUCGUCAAGAUCCUGGUUUGCAAACAAUCCGGGUCUAAAAAGAGAAAAAGAUCAAUCAAAACAGUUUGUGGUGGAAUCACUGUAUAUUAUAAGUUGUUAUGGUACCCUGGUAGAACACGUAUUGGAACCACGUCCACUCAGCACUGCUCCGAAGAUCAGUGAUGACACUCCUUUGGAAAUGGUGACCUGUCCGAGAGCCAGCUGGACAUUGGUUAGAACUCCUCAGUGGAAUGAACUGCAACCACCAUUUAAUGCAAACCAUCCAUUGCUUCUAGCUGCAGAUGCAGUGCAGUAUUAUCAAUAUCUGCUCGCUGGCUUGGUUCCACCUGGGAGUCCUGGACCUAUUACACGACAUGAGUCGUAUGAUAGCUUAGCGUCUGACCAUAGUGGUCAAGAGGAUGAAGAAUGGCUUUCCCAGGUUGAAAUAGUGACUCACACUGGACCUCACAGACGCCUAUGGAUGGGCCCCCAGUUCCAGUUCAAAACGAUUCAUCCCUCAGGUCAAACAACGGUCAUUUCAUCCAGUUCUUCUGUGCUGCAGUCACAUGGUCCAAGUGACACCCCACAGCCUCUUCUGGACUUUGAUACAGAUGACCUUGAUCUCAACAGUCUCAGGAUUCAGCCUGUUCGCUCUGAACCUGUUAGCAUGCCAGGAUCAUCACGUCCGAUUUCUGAUCGCAGAGGCGUUUCAACGGUGAUCGAUGCUACCUCAGGUGCCUUUGAUCGGAGCGUGACCCUGCUGGAAGUCUGUGGAAGUUGGCCUGAGAGCUUUGGUCUCCGUCACAUGUCUUCCAUCGAGCACACCGAAGAGGGCCUUCGGGAACGGCUGGCUGAUGCAAUGUCUGAGUCACCCAGCAGGGACAUAGUGGGAUCAGGAACAGCAAACCACACACAUGACACCUCUGAGAUUACAUGGCUUUUGCGAGAGUCUUCCCCAACCAUGGGAGCAAUCUUUAAUAGGAAAAAAAUGGAUCCCAUAAGUACAGAAUUUUGCAAUCCUCAAAAUGACUUUAAGAGAAAUAUUCACAUUUUAGGCUUUUUUAUUUUCUGUAUUGCUCUAGUGACGUGGGCCCAAAGAGUUGAGCACCUCUGAGCAUCAGAUGCUUCCUGCAAACUGUUGCUCAUGCAGACAAUGAUCAAAACAACAUUCAAAUUAGAUUCUGUCUGUGUAAUUAUCUGUUCUCUGUAAAGCCACUAUAUAGUGCUGGUUCUGUAAUCCAAAUUAAUCCAUCUUCAUCACUGUCCAUUAUAUUGAUAAAUUAUACAGUGUAUUUACAUAAAUGGAAUGGCACUUCAGAGAUUACAUUGCUCACAGCAGCCCUAGAGACAGGAAUCGCUCAGAAAUGCUAGCGCUCAGAGUAAUUGUGGGUUUUACUUCUCUUGUUAAUUCUGAAUUGUUUUUAAAAUACCCUCGAGUAAAAGGACAUAUCUGUCUAUGAUCUGUGCACUGUUUGCGUUGUGACCAGCAGCUAAUGUCAGUAGUAGCUUCUCAUAUCAGAUGCCCACUCAUUUGUCACCAUGUCCUCAUUUUGGCGAGAUGCCUGGGAAGAAAAAAAGAACGAGCUGUAACAGUAACAUCUGAACAUGCCGACAUAUUGGCAUUAUGUAAGGCCUUGUAGGUUGGAAACUGCCUUUUCUCUUUUUGCUGGUAUUCCUGGGGGUUCCCCAUUCCACUGUCCCCCCAUUAGACCCCUGUUGUUGUUGUUCUAGCUGUAGAGGACUGAACAGGACUCCCAUCAGUGCUGGCCCUUAAUUUGCAGUGGAGUCACUGUUGAGCAACCCAAGAUGCUCCACCUUUGUCAUAGAGCUGCCAGUCCCUGCUGUCUCAGGGAAGAGUCUGGGAAUGGGAAACCUGGGGCUUGCACAUGUCACGUCAAAUAGGUAUAACUUGGCCACUUGCUUGGUCCAGAAGCAACCUUUACAUCCCACACUGGUAAUCUUUGACCUGUUUGGAACCUCUCGGACUUUAUACAUUGUUGCUGAAUGAAGAUGGAAUUAAGUGGGGGUCUAAGAUUGGCAGCUGACAGAAAGUGGUGAUCUAAGCACCUGAUCUGGGUUCCAAUUCCAGCUCUUGUACUUAUUGCUGUUGUUGCCUUGGGCAAGUUACGUAACGUCCCUUUGGCUUAAUUCCCUCCUCUGUAAGAUAAGGAUAACGAUAUCUCACAGGAUUGCGGUGGAGAUUAAUCCUCUAACAUUUUCAAAGUGCUGUAAAAAUGGAAAACGCUCUAAAAGUGCUUUAUUCAUUUUGGUCCGUAUUGAUACCAGCUAUAAUGCACUUUGGAAGGGCAUUCUCCAUAUAAAGCGACGGGCCAUCUUCACUCCCAGCCUGUGCAUUUUACAGCCUUCUCAAAGGGUAGUGGAUUUUGUAGGAUGAUACUUGCUGUGACAGUUAAAGCAAUCUGGAGAUGCUGGGUUAAGGUGACUAGUGACUGCAGUUCAUGGGAGCUGGCUCUUAUCCUUCAGCUAGACCUUACACGGGCCUUAAAUACCCUUACAAAUAUUGGGCCAGAUGCUCCUGCAUGGCUUCUUUGCACCACACCACUAGUGUAAUGUGGCCCUAAAGUUGCUUUAAGUAGCCAAAGGAAGAUCCAUCACCAUUUAAGAAGAAGCCUCUAGUGGUGUUCAGCUAACAUAGGGGCUCGUACCCCCCUCAAUUUUCCUGCUGCCAGCAGAGCAGGGAAAAGGAGGAAUGGCCAGAGAAAAUGGAGCACCCUUGUACUAUACUAAUCCCCAGCUGUGUUUUCACUGCCCUGUGGCUGCCACAGCCUAGUGACAUUUAGAAUAUUACUCAAGCUGCAGCCAGACCAAGGGAAUCAAGAGGUGAGCUUCAAGCCUCUUUUGCACACACCUCCUUGUCCUGCAUGCUUUCCAGCUCAUGCACACUACAGGAUCCGGCCUAUUAGCUUUAGCAGGAGCUGCAGGAGCUCUGGAUCCAGUACCUGGAAAGAGUUAAAAAAAAAAAAAAAAAAAAAAAAAGUCUUCUAAUAUUAGGAAACUUCCAUUCUG